UUAAACUGAACCAAACUCACCCUAAAACAAAGGAGGGCGUUCCUAAAAAAAAAACCAAAAAACAAAUAGAGGCAAAACUCUCAAGCUCUAGUCACGCCUUCUACAGCUCUACCGCAGCUCGCCGAUCUGAAGAAAAACCAGCAAAAAAUCUAAUUAGUUCGUCAAGUGUUCCUUAACCGCUUCCGAUUACAGGCGAAAGCAAUUUCUAUCUUGGAGGAUCCAGAACUCCAGACGAUGGCUUCAGUGUCAUCCUCGUUUCAACCGUAUCGUACAGAUACACAAUCGAACAAGCUUUACUUAUACUUUUGGCACACAUAUAGCCCAGUUAUGUAUUCCUUAUAUGAGAUUGAUGUACCAAAUCCUCUCCCUCCUCCCCCAACCAAAGACGUCCAAGACGAACAAAUACUCAAUCCAAAUCAUCUUGCCCCAAUCCUCGAACUCAAAACCGGAGAAUACCCUGGAAACAUGUGUUGCGUUUCACUGGGCUCCAAAUUGUACUUCAUGGGCGGCGAAUACGAUAUAGAUUACCCAUGCAUUGGUGCAGGUGUAAAGAUAAAUUACAAGAAUGAUUUUUUUCCUCGAGAUGUCUAUAUUUUUGAUCCCACCAAAUCCAGCUCGCUGCUAGACGGUACAGCGAUGAACAGUGGAAAGUCUUGGCCCUGGGCCUUUGUGGCGGAUGAGAAAAUUUAUGUCCUUGGAAGCAACUUCACAACUGACAUUUUCGACAAAUCCUGGAGAAAGGACUCAGAACUCAAAAGCCUUUCUUUGUUUGAGGUCUACCAUCCUAAAGAUGAUAAAUGGACCAUCCUCCCAAAUCCCCCCCUUGAGAAUGUGGAGACUAGAUGGGCGGGGCACGCUGUUAAGAGAAGGAAGGUUUUCUUUAUAGCUCGGCAGCGGGGAAUAGAGCGCCUCUACUGUUUUGAUCUUGAAAGAGAUCAAUGGACAAAAGGUAUAGCCCUCCCUUCUAACCUUCGUAAUGUUUCAGGCAGGAUUGAAGUUAUAGAGGGUACCCUUUAUGGAUGUUACCUCAACACGAUAGCUGCAAUAGCCCCAGUAGCUGAGGAAGAAGACGAAGGAGAAGAGAGGGAACAGGAGAUGGAGGAAGGAGAAGAAGAAGAGUGGGUGGGGUUGAAGCAGGAAGACGAACUAAAUAUCCAAAAACAACAAGAGGAGCAUGAGAUGGGUGCAUGGUUUAGAAAUUACCGCCUCCAUGUAGUCUCCAGGGAGAUGGGUAUGGAAGCUAUCUUUAAUGUUCCUCAGCAGUUGCAAUCCUCCUCAACCUUGCUUCACUUGGGGAGUAGACGCUUUUGUUAUGUAAUGACUGGCAUGCCUCCGCAUCCAAAAUAUGGCAACGAUCAUGCUAUAGAAGAUGACAAACUACGUGUUAUUAGCAUUGUAAUUUUUCAAGCCCUCGGGGAGACAUACAAAGAAGGUGCCAUUAGACUCUUCAGGGCAAAAUUCCUGCAUUCUGCACAUUAUUCUGUCAAGACCUCAUUCCCAAAUGAAGGUGUCAUCCAUGGCUGCUUCUCUCUUGGCCAGGAGUCACAGCAGCCUCAGAUUGAAGCAGUUGGUGGUUUGCAGGGAUGUCACACUCAAGCAAUGGGCAAAUUUCAUACACAAUAUCAAGCUGAAAGGAGCCCAUUUGACAAGCAGGAAUUGGGGUCCAACAUCCUUGUUGCAGCUGGAAGAGAUCAUGCGGAAGCUUCUGCACGAUCUAGGAGCAUAGGAGGAGGAGAGUUUUCGGUUCCACCAAUUGACGUAUCAGAUUCUGGUACUGGUAAUUCAUCCUCAAAAAGACAGCAAAGAAGGUUUGAACAAGAUCAACAAACAAAAGCUUCUGAGCCAAAUAGGAUGGCCAUUUUAAACCUUGGAGAGAGCAUAAAAAUCAGCCCAGAGAUAGUCAACAAAGCUUGUUCUGUUGCAGUGGGGGCUCACAAUUCUGCUGAUAAGCCCUAUAUUUUGCAGAACAUUCAUGGUUCACCAGAUCUUGUCAUCUUUGGCUUUCCUGGGAAUUGGUCUGUAAAUGAUUGGUAUGCCGGAGAAUCUUUUGGAGAAACCAAGAUCAAUCCUGAGUUGUUUCCUUCUCUUAGAAGUAUAGGCAUCAAUGAACAUGCCGAGGUCAACAAAGCCUUUCUGCAGAGAUUUGAUGACAAAGUCUUGACGAAUUCAGAUUUCACAAACAAGGUGCAAAAGGCAGUGACAGAGAAGAAGCAAAUACUGUUUACAGGACACUCCACAGGUGGUUCAAUUGCCAACAUUGCAACAAUUUGGUUCUUGGAAAAAUACUUGAGAUCAGAUUCACCAGAUAACUACAAAAUUUCACCUUCCUCACCUCUGUGUGUGACUUUUGGUUGUCCUCUAACUGGUAACCACAUAAUUUCCCAUGCUCUUAGGCGUGAGAAGUGGGCUCGCUACUUCAUACAUUUUGUCAUGAGAUAUGACAUUGUUCCGCGGAUCUUGCUUGCUCCAGUCUCAUCCAUUCUAUUGGAAUUUCAGAGAGUUCUCAAAUUCCUCAAUGAAAAAUCCAUAAAUCUUGCACAUGCAUCCAUUAACAACUUUGAUGCUUCAAAUUUUUACAUGAAAGUAAUGAAGAAUGCAUCAUCUGUGGCAAGCCAUGCUGCUUGCAGCCUCAUGGGAAACACAAAUAUGCUAUUGGAAAUUGUGACAAACUCCAUUCCAUUAAGCCCAUACAAGCCCUUUGGAACUUAUGUCCUCUGUACUGGGAAUGGAAAGCUAGUUAUCUUGAGGAAUCCAGAUGCUGUUUUGCAACUAUUAUUUUACUCCUCUCAGUUGUGCAAAGAAGAAGAAUGUACAGAUGUUGCCCAGAGAGCUCUUCAACAACAUUUUGGCUAUGUGAAUGAAUUGCAAGACAGCUUCCAAAUGCUAAAUGAGGUUUGCUUGGAGCCACUGGAACAGCUUCCAUUAUCUGCAGAAUCUACUAGUGAUAUUGCAACAAUUAAUGCAGCCUUGAACGACCUUGGCUUGAGUACAAGAGCUAGGUUGUGUCUUCGUGCUGCUGGAGAGCUAGAGAAGCGGAAGAUUGGAAACAAGAACAGCAUCGAUCUCAAGAAGCCAGACAUUGCGAAAGCAAUGAAAUACCUAGAUGAAGACUACCGAUUGAAUUGUGGGUAUCGGGACCUAGUUUAUUAUGAUGCCUUCAAGCUUCAAGAAUCCUCCAAGGAUUUCGAUGCUAAUGUGAAGAGACUUGAAUUAGCAAGUAUAUGGGAUGAAAUCGUCGAAUUUUUAAAAAGGUAUGAACUCCCAGAUGAAUUUGAAGGCCAGAACGAUUGGAUAGAUCUUGGAACAAAGUACCGACGCCUUGUUGAACCCUUAGAUAUUGCCAACUACUAUCGCAACUUGAAGAACGAAGACACAGGAGCAUAUAUGGAUAGGGGCAGGCCAAAACGCUACAAGUUUACACAGAGAUGGUUUGAGCAUGCUAAGAGGAAGCCAGCUGAAUCUAGUUGGGAGUCAUGCUUUUGGGCCAAGGUAGAGGAGCUGCGCAUUAAAACUAGCAAGGCAGGAGGGUUUGCACAAGUCAAGGUCAAGGAAGAGGUUUUAAAACUAGAAGAACAAGUACAGAUAUGGAUCAAAGGCGGAGAGUUGCUUAGAGAUGUGUUUUUGGAGAAAUCCACCUUUAUGAAGUGGUGGAACACACUCCCUGAAGAGCAUAAAUCGAAAUCUUGCCUUAAAAAUGUAAUGGAUUCAUGAUCGUUGAACAUGAUUCUCAUGCUAAUAAUAUCACCUACCAAUGUUAUCUGUGUGCAACUAUAAAAUUCACAAGCUAAUAAUAUCAGAAAUUACUAGCUCUAA